AUGGCUGGCUCGAGCAAACUCCAGUCGGUUGUGAAAUGGCUUGCCAUUGAGGAUAACACCUACAAUGGAGCACUAACGAACAAAUGGAUCAAUCCCGACAUAGUUCCAUUGCCACCCAGUCGUCGAACAUGGGGAUAUCUAGCAUAUCUCGGAUUCGGCUCAAUCGCAAACUUAUGUAUCAGCGUCUGGGCUGGCGGGGCCUCGCUCCUUAUCCUAGGCUUGAGCAUUCCUCAAAUCGUGGGAGUCAUGAUCGUCGCCCGAGUCCUCAUUGUUGCUUUUAUCAUGGCGAAUGGAUGGAUGGGAGGCGAGUGGCACAUUGGCUUCACAAUUGCCCAAAGAUUAAUCUUUGGAGUCCACGGCUCGUAUAUCGGUAUCCUCAUUCGAAUCCUGCUUUCCAUUAUUUGGUACGGCUCUCAGGCAUGGCUGGGUGGCCUUUGCGUCACAGUCAUCUUGAGCAGCUGGAGCUACUCAUUCUUGACCAUGGAAAACACAUUACCAGCAAGCGCAAACAUGGUGACGCGGGACUUGAUUGGGUUUCUACUAUUCCACAUCAUCUCGAUCCCCCUGAUGAUGGUCCGUCCUGAGAAGUCGAAAUGGCCUGUCCUGUUCGCCAACGCUGUAACUUUCUUCGUUAUGCUCGGCAUCACCAUCUGGGCAACCAACAAGGCUGGGGGCCCAGGUCCACUGUGGUCCACUCCGAAUCAGACCAUGGAGAACAUCACUCCAGCAUGGGCUUGGAUCUAUGCGAUUGUAGCUUCUCUCGGAGCCAUCUCGGCGGGAAUUCUGAACCAAUCUGACUUCACACGUUUUGCCAAACGUCAGGGAAUGCAGGUUCCUGGUAUCACUUUUGCGCUCUUCGUCCCGGGCAUGGCCGUGCCGUUGAUGGGCAUCCUCUCAGCGUCAGCCAGUGUCACAAUCUACGGCGGCGACCCAUUCUGGAAUCCCCUCACCCUCAUCACACAAUGGAUGCUCACAGACUGGAGUGCCACCUCGCGCGCAGCUGCGUUUUUCUGCGGUCUCGCAUUCCUAAUCUCCCAGCUCGCCGAAAACAUCCUCGGCAAUGGCUACGCGGCUGGCAUGGACCUUGCGGGUUUGUUCCCCAAGUUCAUCAACAUCCGACGUGGAGCACUCAUCGGCGCGGCCCUCUCGUGGGCCGUUCAGCCAUGGCUCUUCUACAACACGUCCAGUGUCUUCGUCGCCACAGCAGCCAGCUUCUCCGUCUUCCUCGGCCCACUCACCGGAAUCAUGCUCGUGGACUACUUCAUCAUCCGCAAGCAGCAGAUCGAAGUCACCCAACUCUACACCGGCUCGCCCGAAGGGUCAUACUACUUCUACCACGGCUUCAACCUCCGCGCCAUCAUCGUAUGGGUGGUGUGUUUCAUCCCGGCGAUGCCGGGGAUGAUCUCGACGCUCAACCCCUCGAUCAAGGUCUCCCAGGGCGCCAUUGAAUACUACUACGGCAACUAUAUCUUCGGCGCCGCCUCGGCCUCCGUCCUGUACUACAUCGCAUGUCAGAUCUGGAAGGUCAAGAACGCGGGGAAACGCGACGAGUACGAUUUCUACGGCACCUUUGACGACAAGGUCGCCAGCAAGAAGGGCAUCGCCCCCUUCCAGGGCGUCAAGGGUGAAGGGGCACCGGAGGACGAGGACGACGAAGAAGGGAAACAUGGCCCCGUCACUGUCGUCGAUGGCCUCAGCGUUGCGGAUGUCGGUGCCGCCAGUGCCGAUCUGGCCGCGAAGCCCAUCGAGCCCGUUGCCUUGGGCCGCACUGAAGCGGAGGAUAUCGAGAGACUGGGCAUGACGCAGACGGAUGCUAAGAAGCCUGCUUUGACUGCCUAUAACUGA